AGCUUAAGGUGGCUUGAGCAAAGGUUGGCAGUGUUGAAUCCUCGUGACACGCCCAUAAGCGGCUGUAGCGCCAGGUUUUACACACUGCACUCGAGACCAUAUGAGGUACCGGACGGAUUCCUGAAGUAAAUCUCAGUCUUGAAGUGAUUUUCUCCAGAAUCGAAGAGAAAAGAGGGUCGUAAGGAGAAAAUAAGCUGUCGAAGAGGCAAUUUGCACUCAUUAAUCGUGCUUACAGUUCAUCAUUUAAGAGAAUUUUGGAAGUAUACGAGCCAAUAUGCAGAAUCUGAUGCUGCUCAUCUUAAGCGCGCUGUUGUGCUGUUAUUGCUCAGCUUUCUCUGCAUCUCUGAAAGCUCAAGAAGAGACCCAGACUCUGUUUUUAGGGGAAGACUUGCACAUCCCCAUUCCAGCGGAUAGAGCUGGUGUGACAUUCAAGUCUUCGGUUGGUCCAGGAUCUGAAAAGGUGCUGAUGGCUGCUGGGAAGGCGGUAGAUCCACGUGCCAAACUCAACGAUGCUUGGAGCCACCUAAUCUUGGAGAAUGUUGGAGAAACUGAUGAAGGAGUCUACACCAUCACAUCUUCUCAAAACACUGAGAAUGUUACACGCUUGACACUUUAUGUUAAAGAUUGUUAUAAUGAGGUCCUGGUCAAGUAUGGUUCAGAUUUUUACGUAGUGCUGGGUGAUAUCUCAGAGCCGCUUCAAGUGGGGUUUCGUAACAGUACAGUGGAAGCCAAUCAAACCUCGGUGCAGCCUGUGAAACUUCUGAAUGCUGAUGGGACAUUCACAGAGAAUUACCAGGGCAGAAUUAAUGUGACACCUCAAAAGUUCACCCUUCAGGCUGUCACAGGUGCUGAUGAAGGUAGUUACACCAUCAGCGCCAGUGGAAAAGAGAAGAAGAAGAUCUGCCUAAAAGUGAAAGCACAUCAGGUAUUUGUCACCCUUACAUACGGUGGCACUCUGAAAAUAAAUCUUCACAUGAAUAGCUCCUUAGCUCGCCUGUUCUACACCCCGAACUCUGAUAAGACUAGUAAGUAUGUGAUUCUGGAGAGGGGAGAGCUCAAAAUGCCUCCUAAUCUGAAUUUCGAGGAUCGUCUCUCUUUGGAGGAGUCUGUCUGCGUGCUGACGGGAUUGAAGGCCAGCGACGCCGGAGUUUUUAGUGAGACUGACCUUCACGGAUUCCACGUGUCUGAAGUCUACCUUGAGGUGGAGGAAUACAGGCUUCCUAAUCUCUACAUUGCCAUCAUUGCUCUGGUGGCAUUAGUGGUGUUGCUGCUGUUGGUGUGUUUGAUCUCAUGUUUGAUUAAGAUACGCAAACGUGCAGCCAAGGCCAAAGCCACUGAGGAGAACACAGACAAAGUGGAGGGAGAUGCCUUUAGACAGGUUGUGAAAGAUGCCUGUACCAAUCAGAAUGAGGAAGCUCCAGCCUUGUCACAGAAAGAGGACAUCACUGAGAAAUCACAGAGCACAGAGGUCAGCAUUAAGGGUUUGGAGGUGUCAACUAAGGAGCCAAGUCUCCAGGAAAGGAAUCUUGAGACCAGUGACUCUGGUGUAGGCUUUAAUACUUCAGGGCUUCCACUUGACAGUGAUACAGAUGUUCAAACAGCACCCAUAGAUUCUGAUGUGUUAAGUUCCUCUGCCGCCCCAUCACUUAAAGCAGCUCCAGAGCCAAAGUCUGCCCCCUCACCUCCAAAACCAGCACCAACAUCUGAUCUGAAACCAGCACCUGUGGCCAAGUCGACAGCUCCUCCUCCACCUUCUCCUGAACCCAAAGUAACAACUGAAUCCAAACCGGCUGCGACACCCGAGCCAAAACUGACCCUCUCAUCAACACCCGAAACAAAAGCAACCUUAACUCCAUCACCCGAACCAAAGCCAGCUGUGACACCCGAACCGAAGCCAGCUGUGACACCCGAACCAAAGCCAGCUGUGACACCCGAACCAAAGCCCGAGGCCACCAAACCAAUUCCGAGCCCAACUCCUGAAGCCCCCAAAAUAUUAACACCAACACCUGAUGCCAAACCACCCACUACUCCAGACGCCAAACCAGCAGUAUCGCCUGCUCUUGAGCCCACACCAGUUAAAGUCAGCACCCCUGAACAGAAACCUGCUGUUAGCCCGACUCCUGAAGCCCCAAAAACAUCAACCAUCACUCCUGCACCUGAUCUGGAUCCAACCCCUGAGCCUAAAGCCUCUUCACCUGCUUUGCAAUCUAAACCACCUGUCUCACCGAUUCUCGACCCGAAGCCAACCACAAAUGGUACUCCCGAAUCCAAGGAUGACAUUUCUCCUAAGCUGGAUGUGAAGACCACUGAGGCACCAGCAUCUACCCCUCCUAAAUCUCCUGAUACUGGGAAAAGCUUGCUCAAAACUCCCGAGGUCAUAUCCAGCGGAGGUCUUUCUCCAGAGGGAAAACUAGACUUGGCUUCUCCUAGUGACAGUGCACCUCCUUCCAGCACUGAUGGAGCUGCACCAACUGAGAUUUAAACGGUAGCCUCUUUCCUGCCUCCUCUGAGUGUAUUAACCACCACAGACAAUCGAGACACUUGACUUACCAACAAAGAAGAGCUAAGUGACUUCCUAAGAGGGUGGGAUUCUUACGUCUUUUAAGUCUCACUUUUAAUACGAUUAGCGUGCAUCAAAAGAUAUUUACACUGUCAGUUCACUCAGUUUACUAAUAUUUAUUCACCCUGUGACUGUAGAGUGUAACACAUCAAAUACAGAGAUAUAGCACCACUGGCUAAUUUUACUCAGAGGGGUGAAUUCACUAAACAGUUACACCAUUUUUGCGGUGCAAAAGGCUUAACCAGGCGCUCCAUGGUUUAGCACAAAACAUGCCUUCUUUCUAUGUAAUUUAGGUUUGUUUAAAGACUUUAUACGCUGA